AUGUAUCAAAUCGAGACGGACGGUUUCGAUCGCUCCGAAUCGAAUUGUAUGAAAUGGAAGCAGGAUUCACCCACUGAUGAGCACAUUAACGGCUGCAACAACACACCAAAUUAUCAGCUCGCUAUAAUCCGCAAGACAGUGGCGUCGAACGAGGGUACCCAUAAUACCGCUGCAGGCAGUGCAGCUGAUGGUGCUGCUGGCACAAGUGGUGAAUCGGCCGCACUGUUUUCCAAACUGCGAAGUUUCUCCAUCGGCAGUGGCCCGAAUUCGCCACAGCGCGUAGUCUCGAACUUACGCGGUUAUCUAACGCAUCGCCUUAGUAAUAUCACACCGAGCGAUACAGGAUGGCGCGAUUCGCUUCUCUCAAUACCGAAAAAAUGGCUUUCCACUGCAGAAUCGGUCGACGAAUUUGGCUUUCCCUGCACACUACCAAAAGUACCAGUCCCACCGUUGGAGGAGACCAUGGCUAAUUACAUACUUGCCAUAGAAGCCUUCACGACACCGGCAAAACUCGAAUGUACGAAGCUGUUGAUUAAAAAAUUUAUGGGUCCAGAUGGUAUUGGUCAAAAAUGUCAUCAAUAUUUAAUGGACAAGCGUGAAGCUGAGGAUAACUGGGCUUAUAAUUAUUGGCUAAAUGACAUGUACAUGGAUGUUCGUUUGCCUUUGCCAAUCAACUCAAAUCCCGGCAUGCCAAUGCCACCCGUCCGUUUUACAACGGUGCACGACGUGGCACGCUUUGCAGCACUGCUAUUAAGCGGUAUUAUGAAGCAUAAGGAACUACUGGACAGCGGCAAUUUACCCAUCGAUCGUGCGGGUUCUCGAGAGAAGAAUCAACCACUAUGCAUGGCACAAUACUACCGACCGCUGGGUUCAUGCCGCCGACCUGGUUUGGAACGGGACACACAGUACUUAGCUGAGCGCGGCGAGAAAAGCGACGAACAUGUGAUUGUCGUGUGUCGCAACCAGAUGUAUUGUGUUAACUUGAAAACCAGUAGUCGCGGCCGAAUAUCGGAGACUGAAAUCGCUUCAAAUAUCUUGUAUGUGCUCAGCGAUGCACCCUGUUUGCCAACUAAACCACCAAUGGUGGGCUUACUCACUGCCGAGGAGCGCACACGUUGGGCCACAAAUCGUAACCUACUACUGGAGAAUGAAGUCAAUCAAAAUAGUAUUUUGUUGAUUGAGAAAGCUCUGUGUAUACUAUGUAUCGACGAACCAUUACCGAAUACAUUCAAUGCGUAUACGUUCACCGGCGCCACGCCCACAGGCUAUUUAGUAGGUGAUCGUGAUGAUACGAAUAUGUUGCACGAAAUGAUACAUGGCGGCGGUAGCAAUUACAAUUCGGCUAAUCGUUGGUUCGACAAAGUCCUGCAAAUAAUCAUCUGCACCGAUGGUACUUGGGGUAUUAACUACGAGCAUUCCUUUUCCGAGGGCGAUGCCAUUGUGAAUGUCAUAGAGAAAAUCUAUAAAAAUUUGGAAGAAAAACAAUCGGCAUGCAAUAGUGUACCAUCGGAUCCGACACCCGAACGCAUACCGUGGGUCAUAACACCACAAAUGGAUGAACGUAUUAAGCAGGCCGCUGUUGCAGUGGACAAGGCAAUUGGAGAUUUCGAUUUGUAUGUGUACCGUUACAAAGGUUAUGGCAAAAACUUUAUCAAGCAAUGCAAGUGCAGUCCGGAUGCCUUCUUGCAGCUCAUGCUACAGUUAUCCUAUUUCAAAUUGUAUGGCCAUUUUGUAGCCACUUACGAGAGUGCUUCCACUAGGCGAUUCUUGUUGGGUCGAGUCGAUUGCAUACGAGCUUCCCACAAAGAGGCACUGGAAUGGGCCACAGCCAUGUGCCAGGGCGAAGGCGCAAAUGUGCCCUUGGAGAGCGAGGGCGAGGACGACGAUGCGCGUAAAGUCAAAUUCAGCAUUUAUAAUAAAGACAAGCUCAAGGAACUUUUCCGCAUUGCCUGCAAUCGUCAAACGGAAAUUAUGGUUCAAAAUAUACUAGGGCAUGGCAUUGAUAUACCAUUGUUAGGCUUACGUGAGGCCAGUAAGGAAUUCAAUAACGGCCAAGUGCACGAACUUUUCAAUCAUGAAACGUUUCAAACUGCCAAUAUUUUCUUGUUGAGCACAAGUCAGGUGGCUACCAAAUCGGAUGCUUUCAUGGGUUAUGGCGCUGUAACGCCACGUGGCUAUGGCUGCUCCUACAAUCCACAUGCCGAUGAUAUUACAUUUUGUAUAUCGGCAUUUUAUUCCUGUGAGGAUACAAGCACCACGCGCUUCGCCAAAUCGCUGAAGGAGUCGCUGGACAUGAUGAAGGAUCUCAUGAAAGAUGAAACGGACCAAACGAAAUGAGGCAUAAACGAUAAAGAGUCGUGCCAACAACAGUUUCCAGGUGAUUUGUUGGUAACGAGCUAAUAUACAAGAACAACCGUUAAGCAGUAGCAAAUAGCAAGCAACAAAGUAACAAAUAUACUUAUACAUAUCAGCAAGCGUACCUUAACAUUGUAAUGAACUGCGUUGAAAUUAGUUAAAUGUACACAGAUU